GGAUGCGGGCGCGGCGGUUGCCCGGGUUCGAGCCCCGGGUGCCCCCGCGGCGGCGCCGGGGCGUGUGGCGGGGCGGAGGGCCGUGCCCAGGGGCGAGCGGGCUGGCGGGGCGGGGAGGGGAGGGAGGCGCGGGGAGGGACGUGGCGCGGGCGGCCCGUCCCUGUCACCUGCGGGCGCUGCCGGGACGGCCCCGGCCCCCGCUGCCGCUGCCGCUGCCGCUGCCGCUCCGGCCCCGCGCUCGCACAGCCCCUGCGGAGCCGGGCCGGGCCGGGCCGGGCCGGGCCGGGCCGGGCCGGGCCGGGCCGGGGCGGGCUGCGCCUGUUGCAUUGUCCUUGGCGGGGCUGUUUGUGAGCGCCUGCCGCUAUCUGCGGCCGGGGACCCCGGCGGUGCCCUAUCUCGGACUCUCUGCUGGUGCCUGAUAGCGGCUGCUCCCUGCUUCGUUGCACGUCCCUCGCAGCUCCCGCCGGGGCUCUCUCCCCUUUUGUCUGUGUAUUUUUAGGUCAUUAGAGUGGAGGGGUAGGUAAUCCCCAGGCUCAAGUUCCAGAUGGGCGGGUUCUGGCCGGAGGUGGAGUCACUUUUCAUUUAAAUCCCUGACUAUAAAAUGGGCUUAAAGAGAAGCGGGAUCUCAGCUGUGCUGCACAGACCCCGGCAAGCAGGGUGCGUGGGGGCCCCCAGGCAGGCAGCGCCCUGCAGCACAAGCCGCUGCGAUGCUCCACUCCCUUGGCGUUCACACCUUGCAGCUGCUCACCCAGGCGGCCGCCUGCAUCCUCCUCUUCCCCCGCUUCCUGCUCACCGCCGUGAUGCUCUGGCUCCUGGAUUUUCUGUGCAUUAGGAAGAAGAUGCUGGUGAUGCCCACGGCGGAGGAGGCGGCCGGCGCCAGCGAGGGGCCGCCCCCCGACGACCCCCCGGUCUGCGUGUCCGACUCCAACCGCAUGUUCACGCUGGAGUCGCUGAAAGCCGUGUGGCACGGGCAGAAGCUGGACUUCUUCAAGUCGGCGCACGUGGGCUCCUUAGCCCCCAACCCCGAGGUGAUCCAGCUGGACGGGCAGAAGAGGCUCCGCAUCCUGGACUUCGCCCGCGGCAAGAGACCCCUCAUCCUCAACUUCGGCAGCUGCACCUGACCCCCGUUCAUGGCCCGCCUGAGGUCCUUCCAGCGCCUGGCCGCGCACUUCGUGGACAUUGCUGACUUCCUGCUGGUGUACAUCGAAGAAGCACACCCCUCCGACGGCUGGGUCAGCUCGGACGCAGCCUACAACAUCCCCAAGCACCAGUGCCUCCAGGACAGGCUGCGGGCAGCUCAGCUGAUGAGGGAAGGGGCGCCCGAUUGCCCCCUGGCCGUGGACACCAUGGACAAUGCUUCCAGCGCCGCCUACGGCGCCUACUUCGAGAGGCUCUACAUCAUCCAGGAGGAGAAGGUGAUGUACCAGGGAGGCAGAGGACCAGAGGGCUACAAGAUCUCGGAGCUGAGGAGCUGGCUAGACCAGUACAAAACCCGGCUCCAGAGCCCCAGCACGGUGGUCAUCCAAGUGUAAAAAGGACCUGGCAAGAAGUGCAGGGGUGGAGAGGCGAGGGGAGGGCAGGAGGAGAGGUGGGGAGGGAGAAGGCGCUGCGACGCGGAUGGCAGGAGCUGUCUUCCCCCGGGGACACGCGAAGGAGGCUGCUGUGCGAGCUUUCGAGCAAGAUGUGCCAUAGUCCUUUCUCUAUUCAAAUCAUGUUGAUUUGCCAGCCACGCUCUGUCAAUACUGUAUUUCCAUGUGCGUUUUGUAAAUAACUCUUUUUUUUUUUUUUUUUGAGAAGCGUUUACUAUUUUUUAAGGAGGCUCUCUUCCUACGGGAUCUGUUCCCAGCUGCGUGUGUGCGCGGGUGUGUGUCUGAAAAGUUGUGUACAAGUGCUCCGUGCUGCUUAGCAAGUGCUAACUGGGAUUUCUAGUAUUUCUUUGUGAUGACCGAUUUUGAAAUGGGUUUCUCUAAUGCCAGGAAAUCGCGUCUGAUGUUGUCAAGUACUAGAACUGCCAGUAGCCAGAGCUGAACGGAAUGUCCUAUUUAUGUGUGUGGGGGGGUGGGUUUGUAAGACGUUCGUUCACCUUUUUUUUUUUAAAUGAAUUUUUUUAAAUAAUAAAGGUUGAGUAAAUACACGUCUAA